UUCUUGUAAAUAAACGUUCUUUUCCUUGUUUCGUUCGCACUUUCUCACUCUACAAGCGAUACGCGAGAUAUCUUAUUUUAAGUGUUAUCUCCGACUUUGCCUUUGCCGCCGGAUUGUUCUUGGCCGAACUUUGACGCAAAUCAUGUUUCUGCUCGACUGGUUCUAUGGGGUUCUGGCAUCUCUAGGUUUAUGGCAGAAAGAGGCCAAGAUCUUGUUUCUAGGGCUUGAUAAUGCCGGAAAGACCACUCUGCUUCACAUGCUGAAAGACGAGAGAUUGGUACAGCAUCAACCAACACAGUAUCCAACCUCAGAGGAAUUGAGUAUUGGGAAAAUUAAGUUUAAGGCUUUUGAUUUGGGAGGGCAUCAGAUUGCUCGUAGAGUCUGGAAGGACUACUAUGCCCAGGUGGAUGCUGUGGUGUACCUUGUUGAUGCUUAUGACAAAGAGAGAUUUGCCGAGUCCAAAAAGGAGUUAGAUGCUCUCCUCUCGGAUGAGUCACUUGCAAAUGUCCCAUUUCUGAUACUUGGAAACAAGAUUGACAUACCCUAUGCUGCCUCGGAGGAUGAGUUGCGAUAUUACAUGGGUUUGACUGGCAUUACUACUGGUAAGGGUAAGGUUAACCUGGCUGAUUCAAAUGUUCGCCCCCUAGAGGUCUUCAUGUGUAGCAUCGUGCGGAAGAUGGGAUAUGGUGAAGGUUUCAAGUGGCUCUCACAAUACAUAAAGUAAGAGAAUGGGAACACAUUAAGUGAAGAUGUGAAGCGACUUAAAGGGUAAGUUUCAUCCACCACAUCUUCCAGAGGUGUUGGGCAGUGUAAUACAUAGUGUUAAUGUAGAGUCUGUUUGGUAUGUAAAACCCUUCUUAGUAUAGUACCCUAUUAGCUUGCAGACAAAGUAUUCUUGUUCUUUUUUGGUACCAGUGUUUAAGUUGCUUCUUCUUCUCCUGCUUUCUUUGUAUUUGUUACUGAAUUGCAGAGAAAUAACAGGGGUGUUCUAAUA